CCAACCACAAAAAGAUAAGCCCACAAAAUGGGCAGCAUAAAACGCAGCACUUUCCAGCACUACGAGUAUUACAAGUCGCUGCAUGCCCCCGGCAACAACAUGAGUCUCUGCACAGCAACUGCAACUGCAACGUGGGGCAAGAACAAGGAAACCGCUCGGAUUGUGAUCAUUGGAGCCGGAGCUUCGGGCAUUGCGGCUGCCACGCGACUGCUGGAGCAGGGCUUUCGGAAUGUGCUGCUGCUGGAGGCGGAGGAUCGCAUCGGGGGCCGCAUCCACACGAUUCCGUUCGCGGAUAAUGUCAUCGAUCUGGGUGCCCAGUGGUGUCACGGCGAGCAGGGCAACGUGGUGUACCAGCGGGUGAAGGAUUUGGAUCUGCUGGAAAAGAGAGGCGAGCCAGCCAUGCACUUUUUCCGCUCAAACCAGGAAGCGCUUGCGGAGGACCAGGUGAAGGCUCUCAGGAACUUCAUGGACUCCUCCGGCACCCUUACCGAUGCUGACUACGAGGGCUCUGUGGGCGAUUACCUGACCCACAAGUACUGGCAGAGCUUCCCAGCCAUGGAGCGCACCGUGGCCAAGGAGGCGCUGGACUGCAUCAAGAAAAUGAUCUGCAGCUACGAUGCCUGCGAUCAUCUCUUCGAGCUGUCCCCGCAAAACCAUUUGACCUUCGCCGAGUGCGAGGGCGAUCCAAACCUCAACUGGCGGGACAAGGGCUACAAGCAGUUCCUGCGCGUCCUGAUGGCUGUCCCGGACGAUCAGCCAGAGGAUCUGGGCGUGCUCCGGGGACACGUGCUGCUGAACAAGCGCAUUGCGGAGAUUAACUGGCAGGGGGCCGACGAGCUGACGAUCCGCUGCUGGAAUGGUGAGAUCAUCACAGCGGAUCACGUCAUCUGCACCGUCUCCCUGGGCGUGCUGCAGGAGCAGCAUAAACAGCUCUUUGUGCCCGCCCUCCCCGCGGCAAAGGUGCGGGCCAUCGACGGCCUUCGAUUGGGAACGGUGGACAAGUUCUUGCUGGAGUUUUCCGAGCAGCCAAUGCCAGAGAAAAUGCUGAGCUUCAACUGCCUGUGGCUGGAGGCGGAUCUGCGGGAGCUGCGCGGUACCGAUAACUUUUGGCUGGAGGGAAUCUGCGGCUUCCAUCGCGUUGCUCACCAGCCGCGUCUGAUCGAGGGCUGGAUCAUUGGAGCGCAUGCGCGCCACAUGGAGACUCUCAAGGGGGAGAAAGUGCUCGAGGGUUUGCUCUGGCUCUUCCGCAAGUUCCUGCCCUUCGAUGUGCCCCCUCCGAAGCGCUUCCUGCGCACCCAGUGGCACUCGCAUCCCAACUUCCGUGGCAGCUACAGCUUCCAGCCGACGUACGCGGACGAGCUGCGUACGGGUCGCUGGGAUCUGGAGUCGCCGCUGGCGGAUGUCUCUGGCCGUCCCCGACUGCAAUUCGCGGGCGAGGCCUCCAGCAGGACGCACUUCAGCACGGUGCACGGGGCCACAGAGACGGGCUGGCGUGAGGCGGAUCGCCUGAAUGAGUUUUACGCAGCCAGGGCCUGAACUAGGCCUGGAAAACAUUCUGGGAAUCCAUACAGAAACUUUGUUAAUCGAAUAAAACCUCUCAAAGGCAAAGGCAAAGGCAAA